GCAACGAGGACGACCCGGGAGCUCCCUCUGCCAAGAAGCGCUGUGUGCGCCCCGGGAAGCGCGCCGAGUCGCCCGUGGAGCCGAAUGAGAGAGAGUCGGUGCCUGCCACAGCCACGGAGUCCCGUCUCGCACAGUCCGGUGCCCGGUCCCCUGUGCCCACAGAGACGUCGCAGCGGCAGCUGCAGCAGCAUGUCGAGUCAGAAGCUGGCUUCUUGGUCUCCAAUGUCUCCCCUGUGCACCACGGGAAUCCCGGCACCAGCUCAGCUCACCAAAACCAACGCACCAGUCCACAUUGAUGUAGGAGGACACAUGUACACCAGCAGCCUGCCCACACUCACCAGGUACCCCGAGUCAAGAAUCGGGCGUCUGUUCGACGGCACAGAGCCCAUCGUGUUGGACAGUCUGAAGCAGCACUACUUCAUCGAUCGGGAUGGGGACAUGUUCCGCUACAUACUCAACUUCCUGCGAACCUCCAAGCUCCUCCUGCCUGAUGACUUCAAAGAGUACUCCCUGCUCUACGAAGAGGCUACUUUCUUCCAGCUGGCACCUCUAAAGACCGAGCUGGAGCGCUGGAGGGCUGAGCAAGAGCGCCGGGACGUUUCUCGAGACUGUGAGUGUGUUGUGGUCCACGUGACGCCGGAGCUCGGUGAGAGGAUCAGUGUGAGUGCCUCCCGGGCAUUGAUGGAGGAGAUUUUCCCUGAGGUGACUGAUAUCGUCUACAGUUCUAUGAACGCCAGCUGGAACCAGGACCCCACACACGUGCUCCGCUUCCCGCUCAACGGCUACUGUCACCUCACCUCAGUUCAGGUGCUGGAACGACUACAGCAAAAAGGUUUCUUCAUCACAGGGUCGUGUGGCGGCGGAGUGGAUUCCUCCCUGUUUAGUGAAUACGUUCUGCGAAGGGAGAUCCAAGGCAGACGCCCCCUGAUCCUCAAAGCAAUAAAACAGGAACUCCUGCAUUAAAUCCAGAAGACCUGAGUGCACAUCUGUUCUGUGCAAGUACGUGGACAGAAUUUGUCACAUGACACAGACUCUCUCACUCUGCAGCAAAAAAGUGAGUGACCCCAAAGGACGUGCGAAAUGUGGUCUAAUCCUCAAAUACGAAACGUAACGUAGUACCUGAAUUAAAAGACAACACAGCCAUCCUUUCGCCAAUUUAUUUCAUCACAUUGAUGCAAGAUUCUAUAUUUUUUCCUUCCUGUGAUUCCCAAAAUUGUCCAUAUUAACUUUAAAGUUAGAGAUAGUCUAUGUCACAC